CCGAUCAGUUUUAAAAGACACGCCAAACAGUGCGAAACGUUCUCGAACGCUACGGAAGAGCAAAUUAAGUACAGAACCAAUACAAAAGUUCGGGAGUUCGCGUUGUUUGAGUUGAAAACAAAAGUAAAAUUUAAUUCAUUUCAAAAUAAACAAACAGAAAUCGACACAAAAUGCACAGCAAACUGUUGGACGAGCUGAAUGAAAACGGCUACAUUGUCAUCGAGGACUUCCUCACUGCCGAGGAAGUGGACUCCCUGUACCAGGCGGGAAGAGCUCUGUGCCUGGAUGCUCCGCAGAACAACAGGAAGAUCUUCAGCACCAUAAAGCAGGAGGAUGCACAGGGAAAGGAGCUGUACUUCAUGGAGUCGGGAGACAAAGUGCGUUACUUCUUCGAGAAGGGCGCGGUGGGAGAUGAGGGCCAGCUGCUGGUGGAUCCCAUGAUCGCCCUGAACAAAGUGGGGCAUGCUCUGCACGUGGAGCAUCCUGCCUUCAAUGCCAUCACGUUUAGCAACCGGGUUCGGGAGAUCUGCUGGCAGUUGAACUACAAUAAGCCGGCCGUCUGCCAAAGUAUGUAUAUCUACAAGAAUCCCGGAGUGGGUGGCGAGGUGACGCCACAUCAGGACUCGUGGUUCCUGCACACGGAUCCCAACUCGGCGGUGGGCUUUUGGCUGGCCCUCGAGGACUGCACCCUGCAGAACGGCUGUUUGCAGUUCAUCAAGGGAUCACACAAGAGUGGAGUCCACAGGCGCUACCUCCGCAAUCCCGACAAGGAUGCCAGCGAACUGAUGGUCUACGAUCGGGCAGCUCCCAUUUAUCCGCAGUCCAGCUUCACACCAAUGCAAGUCAGCAAGGGCACCUGCAUUAUAAUCCACGGAAAUGUGGUGCACAAGAGUGAGCCGAAUCGCUCGCAAAAGAGUCGCCACGCCUACACUUUCCACGUCAUCGAGACUGAGAACAACGUCAAGUAUUCGGAGGACAAUUGGCUGCAGGCGCCGAAGGAUAAGCCAUUCCCCGUCCUCUUCGAACGCAAGGCCUAAGGGUCUGGUGGAGAUCGUUAUUCGGUAUUUUCGCAUAUAAGACUCUAGUGACUCUUUAAGUUUCUUUGUACACGCCAAGAUGUAUGAUGUAAUUGUAAAUGUAAAGAAUAAACUUGCUACUGUAUUAAAAUCUGAA